UUUUUCGUUACUUUAUAAAAGUAAUUAAAUAUUUUUGAAAGAAUUAUUAAAAAUAGAAAAUAUAGCAAACAUUUAAACACACUCUGCUAUAGGGAGUAGCAAGAUUUGAAAUAAAGUGAAGAGUACACUGUUCGUUUCUCCACGCCCACUUCUGCAUAAGGACUCCUCGAGUCCUCGCGUUAACUUUUUUCUCCUUUCCGCCCAGAAACAAGCGUCCAAAGCUUUUCCGCAGGAGGGAUUACACCGACUUGACGCCGCACUAGAUGCAAUGGGGCCGUCAGGGUCUGCAAACGACGUCGUUCAUAAAUCAGCCAAAAAUCUUAAGGUUCCUUCUUUGUCUCCCUUGGUUGAUAGCUCACGUUUUCCUUCAAAAAUGAAGCUAACAAUCAAAAGUUCACUGACUGCUUUUAAAGACGAAAUGAAAUAUCUCAGGGAUUUUCCAGACCUAAUAUCUGAGUUUAGAGAAUGUGUGUUCGGAAGAUAUCUGGAUGUUAAUUUCAUCCCGCCUCCAACACUGUUGUGGCCUCUCUUGUCUAGAAUAGCAAAGACGGAAACGGACUCUGAACAAUGGUUCGUACUGAAGGGAGUUCCCGUGCGCUAUUCUAUCACGGAGUUUGCUCUCAUCAGCGGGCUGAACUGCGGCACCCUCAAUGUAGAUAACUAUGAAGAUGAUUUU